UUUCUCUCUCUCUCUUUGCCAGAAUUGAGCAAGACAGCAAGCUGUUGACUAUGUCUAGACCUCAGUGUUCACCUCAAAUGUCGUUCUCAGAUCCCAGUCCCUGGGAGCGGAUGUUUCAAGAGCUGAUUCAGGAGGAGAAACCCAGGGCCAGGUGGACUUUACAGCUGGAUAAGAACAUUUUGCCGGAUGACUUGACCAUGGGAUGGGGGCAGUACCAGCAGGCAGGAGAUGGCUGGUUCCAGUGUUCCAUAUGCAGCAGACAUUGGAGUUCUGCCCAAGUGAAGAUCCUGUGCCACAUGUACUGCGAGCCUAGGAAGCUUCAGGGCCGGGUGCUCAUGAGGAUCUUUGGUCAGAGGUGCCAGAAGUGUGCUAAGUCUAAAUUUGAGAAUCCUGAAUUCUCCGCAGAGAGCAUCCAAAGGAUUCUGGAGAAGCUAGUUAGUUAUAUUGUGCAGAAAUACUAUGGACAUGGCCUCAAGAAGAUACCAACAACUUCAAAUGAGAGGGUGCAUGUGGAUGGACCCCAUGACAAAGCCAAUUGUGAGGCAUGCUCAUGAGGCCCCCAUGGAGAGUGUGCAUACAAACCAAAGCCACCCAAAUCUCCAUCUCCUCCACCACAGAGCCAUAGUUCUUCCCCACCACAGAGCCACGGUUCUUCCAAACCACAGAGCCAUGGUUCUUCCCCACCACAGAGCCACGGUUCUUCCCCACCAAGGAGCUAUGGUUCUUUCCCAACACAGAGCCACAGUUCUUCCUCAAUAAAGAGCCACAGUUCAUCCCCACCACAGAGUCCCAAUUUUUUAUCUCAGCCUGCAAGCACACAUUCUGAAAAUACGCAUGUUCAGGAACACAGAGAGCUCAAUAUCACAGAGAUUUUUUGCGGCUUUGUCUCUUGGAGCAAUUAUCCUUUUUCGUCUAAUCUUUCUAUAAUAGACUUAUCAUCUUGUCUUAAUUCUAGAGUUACCCAUAAAAUGGAUAUCAUUCUAACACAACAAUGAAUUGAUUUGAGAUCAAGAAAGGCCAAGUAUGUAGAAUAAACCUGGUUUCCUGGACAGGCUCUGAAAAUAGCCUAAAACAUGACAAAUACAUAAUGGACUCCCAAACAAAUUCUUACUAAGUCACUGCACCAUCUGUAUUUGCUUGCUCACUUAUUGUUAUCAAGCUACAUUGAUUAAAUCUUGACAAGGUCAUGAGUAUUACUGUAAAUUUACUGUGACAAACUGAAUAAUGCUCCCCUCACCAAAACCGCCCUUACCCUGCCUACCCUCUAGAACUUUUGACUAUGCUAUAGUAUUUUGAAGAAUGGAUUUUGUAGACAUGAUAACAUUAAAAGAUCUUGUGGUUGAAUAAUAAAAA